AUUCUGUUGAGAGAUGGAGGCGAAGCUGUGGAGUCCCGUAAUGUGAUGGGUAUGUAUGUAGGUUGGAAGUAAAUGAGUAUUUCACUAUGUAGGUAUAUAAAGUGAUGGCGUUCGCGCAUUUGUUGAAGAAGAUGGAUGGACGCCAUAAAUUACCUAUUCAUUCAUAUCAUACCUCUGCUUUCUUACCUAAGAUACAGAUAGUGUUCUUGCUACUACUCGCACGCUCGGUUCAUCCUGGAUAGAGCUGGUCAUACCAUAAACUACCCUCGAGCUCGAAUACCUUCCAACUUAGCAUCACCAUGUCAGCCUCCAAACCCCAGCGUGUCUUCAUCACCGGCGCAGGCGGCUACAUCGGCUCCCGCUUGACCGAGUUCGCCCUACGCGCAGGCUACGCCGUCCACGGCCUAACCCGCACAUCCGCCAAAGCCGCUCGUCUCCGCGGUCUCGGCGCCGUCCCCGUCGAAGGCGACAUGUCGCGCCUCGAUCUCCUCAGAGCCGAAGCCGCACAAGCCGACAUCGUGGUCCAUCUCGCAGACGCCUGGAUCGACGACUUCUCCCAGCCCUACGACGACGUCGUGCGCAUCGACGCGGCGGCUGUAGAUGCCAUGACCUUCGGCCUCGCGCAGUCACCAUCCACCAGAAGGUUGUUCAUCGGGACGUCUGGAGUGGGCGUUGUCAAGCCUGAUGACAACGGCGGCGAGACGGAUGAAGAUGCCCCUGAGGACCCGAACCCGAUUAAUGGACGCAUUCGCUGCGAGAAAUAUAUCCUGAGUAAAGCGGGCGGGGAGAUCAAGGUUUGCAUUAUGCGGCUCCCGCCGUUCGUCUACGGCCGCGGAGGAAGUGGUGUGAAGUUAUUCAUGGAAGUUUUCGCGAAGGUCGGGGCUGUGGUGCGUAUUGGGGAGGGCAACGUGCAGACGAGCGUGGUGCAUGUUGAUGAUGCCGCGCGCGCGUAUGUGUGUGCGCUGGAGAAAGCUUGUGCUGAACCCGGAGUGAUCAGCAAGGUGUAUAAUGUCACGGACACGAGCGAUGUCUCGUUCCGGGAGUUCACGGAUGCUAUGGCGGCUACGCUGGGUCUGCCUGUGCGUGCGAUGGAUAUCCCUGAGGCCAUGGAAUUUGCAGGCCCGCUUGCUGCUGGGUUUUUCUCGGGCCGGAUCAGGGGUAAGGGCGAUAGGGCUAGGGAUGAGUUGGGAUGGAAUCCGACUGAGGUUGGUCUUGUUGAGGAUAUUCGGAAUGGCUCGUAUGUUGAGGUUGCGAAGGAGAUUGUUGCCACUCGGACGUGAUGGAUGAUGUGAAACCUGGUUCAGCAGCGAAGGUAGUUUGAUGGUUCUUGGUGUAUACUGUUCAUGCGGCAAUCCAGGAUGCAAUAUCCUGUGAUUCGCCCUAGAUAGC